CCUUAUAAGAAGCUCUGUGGAGCCAAUACUCGAGCAAUAUAAGCCAAUUGUUUUGUCGUCUAUGAAGUUUUCAAAGUUAACACUUGGUACUGUGGCUCCACAAUUUACAGGAGUAUCUGUGGAUGAAGGCGAUCCUGGAGAAAUUACCAUGGAACUGGAGAUGCAAUGGGAUGGAAACCCGAAUGUUGUUCUUGAUAUUGUCACCAAAGUUGGCGUGGCUUUACCAAUACAGGUUAAAAAUAUCGCAUUCACCGGCCUUUUCAGAAUCAUUUUUAAACCAUUAGUUGACGAGUUCCCUUGUUUUGGAGCAGUUCUAUUUUCAUUGAGAGAAAAGAAACAACUUGAUUUCACGCUAAAAGUUAUUGGUGGAGAUUUAUCAGCACUUCCUGGAGUAUCUGAUGCCAUAGAGGAAACGAUUAGGGAUGCUAUUGAAGAUUCAGUCUCAUGGCCAGUUCGGAUCGUUAUACCCAUAUUAGCAGGGGACUAUAGCGACUUGGAGUUGAAGCCUGUUGGUAUACUAGAGGUAAAGCUUAUAGAAGCAAAAGAAUUGACAAAUAAAGACCUUAUAGGAAAAUCAGAUCCUUACGCCACUGUAUUCGUACGUCCACUGCGUGACAAAAUGAAAAGCAGCAAGACCAUUAACAAUCAACUAAACCCCAUUUGGAAUGAGCAUUUUGAGUUCACCGUUGAAGAUCCUAAUACUCAACAUGUCACAAUAAGAGUCUUUGAUGAUGAAGGAGUACAAGCUUCUGAGUUAAUCGGUUGUGGUCAAGUAGCAAUAAAGGAUCUUGAGCCUGGGAAGGUUAAAGAUAUAUGGAUUAAACUGGUGAAGGAUUUGGAAAUUCAAAGAGAUAAUAAGAACAGGGGUCAGGUGCAUCUGGAGCUCCUGUAUUGUCCUUUUGGCACAGACCCUGGAUUACUAAAUCCAUAUAACCCUGACUUUAGAUUAACUGAUUUAGAGAAGGCACUUAAAUCUGGAAUUACUGAAACAGAUGUCGAUCCCGCAAAACUUGCUACACAAAAGAAAAAAGAAGUCAUACGAAGAGGAGUACUUUCGGUAACUGUAAUGUCUGCUCAAGAUUUACCCGCUGUCGAUCUUAUGGGAAAAAGUGAUCCUUAUGUUGUACUUUUAAUGAGGAAAACAGAUCAGAGAUUGAAAACCAGGGUUAUAAAUAACACCUUGAAUCCUGUAUGGAAUCAAACAUUUGACUUUGUUGUAGAAGAUGGAUUACGGGAUAUGCUAAUUUGUGAAGUGUGGGAUCAUGAUACCUUUGGAAAGGACAAGAUGGGUAAAUGCAUUAUGACACUUACACGGGUCAUAUUAGAAGGCGAAUUCACAGACACGUUCGACUUAGAUGGAACUAAAUCUGGAAAGCUGACUCUGCAUCUCAAAUGGACCUCACAAACUUUAGUUCGUGAUCCAUGAUAUAUCAAAGUGAAAAUUUCUCCCGUUUGCAUCAUGCUAGACUACUUUCAGCUUUGGAAAAGAGAAACUGAAUAAGAGCAGGAUCCUUUAUUUGGUUUCUUUUCUUCUUUUCAAACCACAUUUACUUUUAUUAGAUUCGUUCUACCUUUUUUUCCUUGGCGUGGUCAUUUCUUACAACGAUACUUGUUAAGGUAACUGUACAACUCUUUUCCCAUACGAAACGAAAAAGGCAUUACUGUAAAUGAAAAUUUUC